AUGGUGUUUAUACGUGAUUUGAAACGUGAAUUUUUCGAAUUUAUUUCUAAACAACAACGUCGUUUACUUGUCUUUGUUCAUCUCGAUGUCGAUAGUUUGUGUGCUUGGAAAAUCUUUCAACAUUUAUUGCAAUGUGAACACAUCACAUACACAUGUCUACCUGUUUUAUACAAAUACGAUUUAGAAAAUGGUCAUAUGCAGCAUAUUAAUAGUGGAAUCAAAUCAAUGAUAUUCAUUAAUUGUGGCUCGACACUUGAUUUAUAUGAUUUCUUAUCACUUGACUCAAUUGGAAAUGACGAUAACUCUCUCACACUAUUUGUUCUUGAUAGUUUACGUCCCAUUGAACAUCGAAAUGUGUAUGAUGCGAAACAAAUACGGAUAUUAAUAUUACCGAAUAAAACUGAUGUGGAGAAGAAACGUGUGCCGCAAUACGAAGAGUUGUUUCACGAAGUCUAUGAUGAUGACAAUAACGAUGAGAAUGAAAGUGAAAACGAAGAAAAUGAUGAUGAUGACGAUGACGAUGGUUCAAAUAUGAGAAUCGAAAGUACUGAAGGACGAGAAAAACGCUUGAAACGACAAUGGUUGAAAAAACGUGAUAAAGCACUCGGCAAUUACUACAAAUAUCGUUCACAUUCGUAUUCAUCAGCUCUAGUCAUGUUCGAACUCGCUUAUCUUCUGUCCAAAGAUACCAACGAACAAUUAUGGUAUGCAAUCAUCGGCACGCAUGUUCUUCGAUUGAAUCAUCAUCAAAAUACUACACGUUCGAUAACGGAUGAAAAUAAUCCAGCAUUGAAUACGUCCAAUUCGAAACUUUCAAUGGAUUGUAUCAACAUUAAAUUCGAUGAAGAUAUUAACUUUCAUCUGCUCAGACAUUGGUCUUUCUACGACUCCAUCUGUCACACACAGGAGAUGAUUUUAGCGUUCAAACUAUGGUCUUCACGUGGUCUAGCGCAAUUGAAAGAAUUUCUAGCUGAUCUGGGUAUACCCAAACGUGAAUAUGAACAAAACUAUCGCGAUAUGAACAUCAAGUACAAAGUAAAUAUCAAAAAGCAAAUCUUAGACAAGCGUUUACAAGAUAAAUAUCAUUAUACAACCAAUACAAUCAUCUUACCAACAUUUUUACUAUCAAGUGGUUUUACGUUGAAACUGUCUCCUCAAGAUAUCGUCCUUUCGAUCAUGGCGACAUUACAAACCGCAUCAUCAUCAUCAACAUCGACAUCGAUGAUGAUCGAUUUAACAGAACGCUUCUCAUUGGCAUUGUCAUGUUUAAAUUAUCAUCAAUUAACAGAUUAUUUAGGUGGUAUCGAAUUAGAGAAAGUCUAUAUGAACAAAACACAUUAUUUAAUCGAAACAUUGCUACAAUCCGAUAAAAAUCUGUCAUUUGAUAACACGAUUCCAUUUAUUCUACUUAAAUUCGAUCAGAAUAUGUUUAAUUCAUCAACAACAACUGACCAUACAACAUCAUGCGGAUUUUUCACCCAUCCAUACCAAGCCUAUCUGUUUGCGCGCAAUGCUUUACAAACGUUGAUCUCUUACACAUCAGCGUCAAGCAAUGCUGUGAAAAAGAAGAAAUCGAAGCAUUUACAACGUUUACCAUUGAUUCUAAUUGCACCAUAUUCAUCGAUGAACUCCGGAGAAGAGUUAGUUGAAAUAGUUGUCGGUGUACCUUCAUUGAAUAGUAUUAUGAUGAACUCCUUUUCGACAAUAUUCGAAGCAGCUGAUCGUCGUUGUGGUAAUGUGGCGAAGUUUGUCUUUUUUGAUCAUUCAGUUUUAUUACUACAAGAACAACACCAACAGAAAUUUGUUGAUGCACUCAUGUUUGUGCUUGCCAAAUAA